GCUGGACUGGGCUAGGUAGACCCCUGUACAGUAGCAAGCCCGUGACUUUGCACCGGGAGUCCCCGUUGGUUUAUCAAACAUGGCGGUUUUGAUGUUGUUGACUUGACGCUAGCGUCCCGCUUUCCUUGACUUUUUGUAAAUCGGCGCGAUAGUUUCCGAAUUGAGUGGAUUAUAUGACACAUUCAGUCUAGUGACGAAGGUUGAGAGUUUUUCGUACUAUUUUCUACUUUGUUCAGCUGCAAGUGUGGUGUCGGGGCGUGCUUUUUGAUAAGCAUUGACAACCGACCGACAAAAAGCUGUUGUGUGUUUGAAGAUUCGCGUAGCAAAGUCAAAGACUAGACAAGAUGACUGAUACACGAAGGAGAGUAAAGUUGUAUGCGCUGAAUGCGGAAAGGCAGUGGGAUGACAGAGGCACUGGUCAUGUCACAUCUUCUUAUGUUGAGAGGCUAAAAGGGGUUUCACUCCUAGUCAGAGGUGAAGUUGAUGGUUCUUUGCUUCUUGAAUCCAAAAUCCAGCCUGAUACAGCCUACCAGAAACAGCAAGAAACAUUGAUAGUGUGGUCUGAAGGCGAAAACUUCGACUUGGCACUUAGCUUCCAAGAAAAAGUUGGUUGUGAUGAAAUAUGGGAGAAAAUCUGUCAGGUACAAGGCAAAGAUCCAUCGGUAGAUAUCACCCAAGAUUUUGUUGAGGAAUCGGAAGAUGAGAGGUUUGAAGACAUGUCUGACACAGCCCCACCUGUGGAAUUGCCACCCUGUGAACUCAACAAACUAGAAACUAUAAAUGAGUUGAUUGCAAGCUGUCUAUCCUCAGCUGUAAGACGAGAAAAAUUAUCUACUGCUCUUGAAAUGGAAGGCUACAUUCGUAAACUGUUGAACCUGUUCCACAUCUGUGAAGAUCUAGAGAACCUUGAGGGUCUAAAUCAUCUAUUUGAAGUUUUCAAGAACAUCUUCCUCCUCAACAAGAAUGCGCUGUUUGAAGUUAUGUUUGCCGAAGACACAAUUUUUGAUGUUGUUGGCUGUCUCGAGUACGACCCCAAUGCUAAAAUCCGGAAGAAACACCGUGACUAUCUGAGACAGAUGGCGAAAUUUAAAGAAGUAAUCCCAAUUACUAACCCAGAGCUAUUAGCCAAGAUCCAUCAGACAUACAGAGUGCAGUACAUUCAGGAUGUGGUCUUGCCAACUCCUUCGGUAUUCGAAGAAAAUAUGUUGUCGACGCUUUCUAGCUUCAUAUUUUUUAACAAGGUUGAAAUUGUCAGCCUCAUACAAGACGAUGAAAAGUUUUUAAACGAGUUGUUCAGUCAUUUGACGGACGAGACCAUGGAGAUCAGCAAGCGUCGGGACUUGGUUCUUUUCCUUAAAGAGUUCUGUACUUUUUCACAAACGCUACAGCCACAGAGCCGGGAAACCUUUUUCAAAACCCUAGCCAGUCUUGGCAUCCUUCCGGCGCUGGAAAUCACAUUAGGCGUUGACGAUUUAGCCACGAAGUCGGCCUCCAUUGACAUUUUAUCAUACAUCGUUGAAUUCUCACCCUUCAUGGUUCGUGACUACAUGCUGCAGCAGGCCAACAGCACUGAAGAUGAAAACUUACUCCUGAACAUCAUCAUAGAGCAGAUGAUGUGUGAUUCUGAUCCGGAAUUGGGUGGCGCUGUUCAACUCAGUGGCAUUUUACGAUUGCUUAUUGACCCAGAAAAUAUGUUGGCUUCCAUCAACAAAUCAGAAAAGGCCGAUUUUCUUAAUUUCUUCUACAAGCACAGCAUGCACGUGCUAGUUAAUCCGCUAUUAUCGAACACAACUGGUGACCGCCCGACAAAGGAGGAUUACCCCACCGUCCAACUGCUGGGACUUAUCCUUGAACUGCUAUCCUUUUGUGUUGAGCACCACACGUACCACAUUAAGAACUAUAUCCUCAAUCGCGAUCUCCUUCGACGUAUCUUGGUCCUAAUGAGGUCGAGGCAUACUUUUCUCGUCCUCAGUGCUCUUCGUUUCUUGCGAAAAAUUAUAUCGCUUAAAGAUGAAUUCUACAAUCGCUAUAUCGUGAAAAGCAAUCUGCUGUCACCAGUCGUCGAUGCCUUCUUGCGCAACAACGGCCGAUACAAUCUUCUUGAUUCAGCCAUUCUUGAACUAUUCGAAUUUAUUAAGAUAGAAGACAUUAAAUCAUUGUGCGUUUAUGUGGUUGAUACCUUUGGCAAGGCGCUGGAUAAGGUCGAGUACGUCCAGACCUUCAAAUGUCUUAGGCUACGGUACGAUCAACAGCAAGACAGAAUAGGCGAAAGAGAACGGACCACGUCAGCGCUUGACAGUGUCCCGUCCCUGUUAAGAACCACCCGAUUCCGACGCGACCCACGUCAACUAGAGGAAGAGGAAGAAAUCUGGUUCAACUCUGAAGAAGACGAAGGUGAAGAUGGGGCAGACGCCGUAACUCCUUCCCAAACGUCACCGGUGUCCCAAGUACAGGCAGUCGGUCUUAUAACGUCUCCCACAUCGCCCAUCGCCAAGGCUAACUUGAUAUCAACAAAAGCGAAUCAUGGCGGUGGCUCAAACAGUCCCAUUAUCGGUGCAUCCUCUAAUGGCGGCAGCUCUUCACCUUCGACGUCGUCCCCUACGACAUCUCCCGUUCCUCCGUCAACAGAUGUCCAAUCGCCUUCAACUUUAAAGAAGGCGCUAGUUGAUUACGAUGGUGACUCCGAAGAAGAAGAAGAAACAGGUCCGGUUUCUGGGGAAGUGGAGGGAAUCGAGCCCAAAAAGGACAAUGAUACUAUUCUCCCUGUUGUUUCUCCUGUUGACGGCGAAGAUGACGAUGUGGAAUCACCGAACAAACGCGCCAAAUUGACCUGAGCUACUCGUCCAACUCUUAAUUUUAAUCCUUUAUUAGCUCGACUUUCAUCUCUCUUUCACUUUCCCCUCUCCUUGUCCUGCUAGCCCCUAAAGGUUUAUGAUUUGCGGGCGUUCCCAUUGGGAGUGACUUGACGAGGCGGUAGUUUCAGUGCAUUUGGGGGGUUAGACGGGGGAGAAGAGCAGCAAAGAAGUGGUAAAGAGUACAUCCUCGAGCUCUCUUUAUUUUUAUUUUUUUUUUUUCCAUUAUUUGUUCGAUGAAGAGAGAAAACAGUGUAGCAUAGAUGCAACAUCGACAAAAAGAGAUGUAUCAAUGUGUUUUCGGACCAAUAUGAACGUGUGCGCAUCGCAUGGAAUGUAGUAGACGAGAAUCAAAUGAUUUAAGAGCAAAUGCGGUCAUUUGUGGUGUUGCUCAGUGAUGUGCUACCGAAAAAGCUUGCUGCUCUGUACAUUUUUUCCUUUACUGUUAUUUGAUAGACUAGAUGGUUGCAUCUUGACGUCCGGCGUCCUCUCAUCUCUCCCCGCUUAGAUCCUUUCUUUCCAUUAGCUUUGCUCGAUGACGCCGGCACCUGACGACAGCUGCUCCUUUCAAACAUAAACCUACUCUCCCCAUAUAUUAUCUAUCUUUCACACACAUACAUCCCACCUUCCACUAUCCCAAGAUACCAAUUGCUGUAUAUUGUAUGUUAAGCCAUACAGUUAUAGCCGCACAACCUUUUUAGGGAAACUGCUGCUGCUGCUCUUCUUUCUCCUUUUUAAUAUAAGUUAGACUGGACUUGUUCAUGUGACACUGCUGGAUUGACGAUCAUGCGGACUCUCCUAAUUGUUUCAACAGUUUACUCGUGGUCUCUUCUUGUCUCCUAUCCUCUCCCUCAAACGUAACCUCUUCACAUUGUUUUCUGAUUGUUGUCCUUCCUCUUCCCACCAACCUUAUAAUCUUCAUUAUUUUCGUGCGUUUCCCUAAAAAGGCAGGAUUGUGUGCGGUCCUUCCUCCUGAAAACUGUACUGUAAUCGCGAUUGUAAGAUGUAAUCGUAUCGCGCGGUUUUUAUAAAGAAACUUCACGGUCUGACUAA